AUGACCAAGAGACAGGCCGAGCUGUCGCUAGAGCAAGAGGCUACUGCCGGGUCUCCGGCCUCCAAAAAGGCCCGCGUGGAGGACGAUAACCUGCCAGAAAGUGACCCGCGUUAUGGAGCACUACCUUUGCGCCGAGCUAAUGGGCAGGAGAUGGAGAAGCAUGAGCGCCAGGGGGAGGAUAUUCUUGCAGCUGCGGACCAAGAGGGAGAGGAACUUGAAGAGGCAGCACAGAUAGAUGACGAGGAAGACGAAGGCGAUGAGGACGAUAACCGGCCUGCGAUCGUGGCACCCCAACGGCAAACAGCUCCGAUUGAAGGAUACAGCGACCUUUACCUAGAUACCAUUAAUCGACAAAUUCUCGAUUUCGAUUUCGAGAAACUGUGCUCUGUCAGUCUGUCAAAUAUCAAUGUGUACGCUUGUCUUGUGUGUGGGAAAUACUUCCAAGGCCGAGGGCCGAAGUCCCACGCCUACUUUCACGCCUUGGAAGUUUCACACCAUGUUUUCGUCAAUAUGGGAACGAAGAAAGUCUACGUAUUACCCGAGGGAUACGAGGUGAAGAAUAAAAGCUUGGAUGAUAUCAAAUACGUGGUCGAUCCAUAUUACACCAAGGACGAAGUGGUCAAGCUGGACAAAGAGGUCACUGAUGCGUUCGAUCUCUCGGGAAAACGCUAUCGACCAGGCUUUGUUGGUAUGAACAAUAUCAAGGCAAACGACUACAUGAACGUUGUGGCCCAAGCCCUCGCUCAUGUUCUUCCUAUUCGCAACUACUUUCUCCUCCACGAGUUCCCACAGCCUGGUACACCGCAACUGGUUUUGCGUUUUGGCACUCUAGUGCGCAAGCUUUGGAAUCCUAAAGCGUUCCGCUCUCACGUAUCACCGCACGAACUUUUACAGGAAAUCGCUUUGCGAUCAUCAAAACGAUUUACCCUCACUCAACAGUCAGACCCUGUGGAGUUCCUAUCUUGGUUCCUAAACAACUUACACCUUGCACUCGGGGGCUCCCGAAAGCCAUCAAAAACCCCGACCAGUGUGGUUCACGCAGCUUUCCAAGGCCAUCUACGAAUCGAAAGCCAAGCAAUCACAGCGCAUUCAGACACACAGAAUGCUCGAUUGGUCUUCACCGAAUCAGGCACCAUAAACGACCAAACGACUCCUUUCCUUAUCCUCACUCUAGACCUGCCUCCGACUCCCCUCUUUCAGUCUGUAAACAGGGAAUCCAUCAUUCCUCAGGUACCCCUAACCACCUUACUAAACAAGUAUAACGGAAUUACCGCAUCCGAGAAACUUGACCACCGAGUCCGCCAUCGCCUUCUCCACCCGCUCCCUCCCUACCUCAUGUUUCACAUCAAACGCUUCAGCAAAAACAGAUUCGUCUCCGAACGGAAUCCAACUAUUGUCACUUUCCCUUCCCCACGCUCGCUGGAUAUGUCGCCAUAUGUAGAGCCCAACCCCGAUGUCUGGCCUCCCGGUGAACCCAUCCUUUAUGACCUUGUAGCAAACAUCAUCCUCGACCCGACCAUCAGCGCCCCUGGUGGAACGGAGGAUGCUGCAGAAAAGGGCGUUAAUGCAGCGUCAGGAGGAGCAUCCUCCAGCGGUGCCGGUGCCGGUACUGAGAAGGUCUCAUGGCUCGUUCAGCUCAAUGACAAAGCAAUGGCUGCAGAGAACACAAGGGUUCAGAGCGAACAAAAUACCGGCGAACAGCGAGGGCCCGAGUGGCUAGAGAUCCAGGAUUUGUUUGUGAAGCCUGCUGAGAGCGAGACCUUAUUCACAAAGGAAGGGUACCUUAUGGUUUGGGAGCGAAGAAAGGUUCCUGGAAUAAGCAAUCGCAAGGGAAAGGCGGCGGCAAGGUGA